CUGUGAUUCUACAGCAGAAGAUCAGCUUUGCAAAUAUAAUCCAAAGGAUUUCUUAAAAGUUGUUCAGAUAAAAAAAAAAAAGUCUUUCUUUUAGGCACUCGCAGACAUCAAGAAUCAACUUAUGAAUCAACAGCAGUACAACAGCUUUUCAUAUAAUAUUUGAUAAUUGCAUGAACUCAUCGUUCAUGCAAAUGUUUUUAUAACCAAAUCCAGAGAAGAAGGAAGCAUACAAACUCAGGGACCUCAUUUAUAAAAUGUUGCGAAGAAACGGUCCUAAAUUUGAUCUUAUGAUCAUCUCUCAGAUGUGUGUAUGAUUCAUAGAAUGAACGUACACACAGAAAUUGUACGCCUGUCUUUCAAGUCUCAGCAUUUCGCUCUUUGUUCAGUUUGUGCUGUUAAACUGUCAUCAGUGAUGCUGAAAGCUGCUGUCUGUAAUGCUGAAUCCACAACUGCCUUUUAGAAGCACUAUAUCACACAGACUUCAGCUGAUUGAGUGAUCUAAGGAGUGACAUUUGUAUAAAAGAUAUGGAAGAAUCUUGUCUUUUGUAACUCAACAUGUAAAAUUUCACUUACACCGAUGAGCCAUUACAUUAUAACCACCUAUCUAAUAACCUGUAGGACCUCCUUUAGCCUGCAAAACAGCGGCCACGCGGCGAGACAUUGAUUUGAUGAGGAGGCGUCAACAGAAAUUCCUCCAGUUCCUGUACAUUGCGGGGUGGUGGUGAUGUAGUGCAAACCCGCUUUUCCAAAUCAAACAAAAAAUGUUUGAUUGGGUUCAUGUCAGGUGAAUUUGGAGGCCAAGGCAUUAACAGAAAUUCAACUUCAUGUUCCUCAAACCACUCCUUGACAAUUCUGGCAGUGUGGCAUGGGGAAUUAGUGGGCAGUUGUGGCAUAAUGGUUAGAGAGUCAGACUUGUAACCCAAAGGUUGCUGGUUCGAGUCUCAUUACUGGCAGGAAAUGUAGGUGGGAGAGUGAACGAACAGCGCAUUUUUCCAUUCUCAUUAACUGAGCAAGACACUGAACCCUCAAUUGAGCCGCAGCAAAAAUGAUGCCGCUGCCAGCCUCUAUCUGCCCCUCUGCGACAAGGUGCGCCGGUUCCAAGAUAAAAGUUCAGAGAUGUGUAUUUUACGAACACCCUCUAGUGGAAGAUUUAAAUAAUUCUGAUCAAUUUAAGUGUCAUUUUCCUUGUAUAGCAGGGGUGUCCAAUAUUGUUCCUGGAAGACUAGUGUCCUUCAGAUUUUGGUCCCAAACAUAAAAAUACAUAUGUCUGAAGAUGUUGAUUAUACUAUUAAUCCAAGAUGCUGGCAUGGACAGACUGAGCAGCUACUCUUCUAAAAUCUGUGCUUUUAUGUUGUUUAGUCUUGUCCCCCUUGUCCAAAUAGUCUUUAUUUACAAUAAAAUCUUCAGGUAAUCACUUCUACCAACACAUGAACUUUGAAACAAGGGGAAACAACACAUUGGACCUGGUUUACACAAUGGAGAAAAAUGCAUACAAAUCUGUACUCAGUUCUUUCCCCGGGUACGAUCACAUCUCUGUCAUGCUAAUUCCAGCAUACAGACCACUUCUCAAACUGGUUCAGAACAGAUCACAAUAUGGCCAGAUGUUGCCAUCUCAACACUCCAGGACUGCUUUCAGUAUACAGACUGGAACAUGUUCAGAGAUGCAGCCACCUACAACAAUCACACAAUUUAAUUUUAACUUUAGUUUUAAUUAAUCAUAACUAACAUUUAUUUCCUUACAGGGAUAACAUUUAUGUUUGAUAACAUUUAUAUAUGGUUUGAUACUGUAUGUCUCUAACACUUGGUCAGAAUUACUGUGUGUAUCUGAAAAUAACAAAAGGACAAGUGAAACUAAGAAGGUGUCUAGUUUUGUUAUAAAUGACCAACCUCUUGAUCAAGGUAUUCAGAUUUGCUCCUACUAAGAAUUACAAAGAAUUAUACAUAUGUGGAACCAAUCAGAUUAUGUAAUGAAUCGCCACCUUUAUCAUGUUCCUUUCUUAUAAAAACUGUUGUACCCUCUUGAUUGUGGGAUUUUCUCUGAAAUUGGUCUGAGAUCCUCCCGUCUAUGAUUAAAGCAUAUUGAAGUCAUUGUCUGGAGUCUUGUCUAAUUACUGCUGUGCAGCAGGUUAGUGGAACACUAAUGACCUUAAUCCCAAGUGAUAGUGUUCAUAGGGGGCGAUACAUCGUCCAACUCGAAGCAAAUUGUCGCCAGUAGACGUGCAAGAGGAUAAAUUCUAACUCAGGCAAGUUGUCAACAGUAGAUGUGAUAGAGUUCGUAAAAGUGCAUCAGUGAUGUGACAGUCACCAAGACCAUCAUCACAUGUGUCAACCAAAAGCCAAGGCUUACAGCAGUUUUGAUGCACAAGAUGAUAUCAGCAGAUGAAACAACCCAUAAAACAGCAAUCGAGCCCUCCAGAAGCACAAUUGGACAGCCUUGUUAUAUAGAGAAGAUGAACCCUGUAUGAUCUCUCAGUAUCAGACACUGUAUCCUCCACUAGAUGGCGCUCUUUCAGUGUGAUUAAUGUAAUAUUCAGUCAGUGCUGAUGGUGGGAGGGGCCAGUAAAGCUGCUCAUUACUGAUAAAGAGCUGAAGAAAGAGGAAGUAACUAAAGCAGACAGAUGUAGAGACAGAGAGAUUCACACAGAGAACAUUCAGCAUAAAGAAGACCGAACUCAACUCACAAUGAAGAUCCUCCUCAUCUUCUUCACUUUCUACCUGAUCUCAGGUGCAGUGAGAUGCUUUAGAGUCACUGGAUAUUCUGGAGGAAGUCUUCUUGUUGAUUCACAGAAGACUUGGUUCAGUGCAAAUGUUAAAUCCUUUAAGAAAUUACCUGAAUGGAGAAGUAUAAUGAAUGAUACGAAACAUGAAAAAUGGAUCAAUGAUGGAAAAUUCACAUUGUUUCGAAAUAAUGAGGGAAACCUUAUGAUCUAUAUCAGAAAUCUGAACAAACAUGAUGCUGGAGGAUACUGGAUUGGUGUUCUUUACAAGUGGGGUGUAGAUAUGACUUUAAAUGUGGAAGAAGACUCAUGUUGUAGCAUGUCAAAGAGAGUGAUGGUGCAUAUUGGAGAAACUGCCACAUUCAGCUGCGGAUAUUCACAGAAACAUAUUAAUGAUCCCAAGAUCAUAUUCAAAGAAGGAAAAAACUCUAUUGAGAUGAUUUACAGCACAUGGAAUAAAAAACAAAGAUUCAGUAUUUCUGAGGACAGACACAAAAAUCUCUUCAGUGUGAGAAUUACUGCUGUGAGACCAGAUGAUGGAGGAGUUUAUUUAUGUGGAGUUUGGAUCAGAGGACAAUCGUACAGUUACUCCAUUAUUAAACCUGUUCAUCUACAUGUUAGUAUGGCUCCAGUAGUGAGACGUGAAGGAGAAUCUGCUGAGAUCAUCUGCCCUUAUGAUUCAAUCUAUAAAUCAAAGUCAAAGUCUCUCUGUAAGGGGAAGUGCUCCACUAGAGAUAGAAAUACUCUCAAUGAAGAGAAAGAGACCAAGACUGACAGAUUGACUCUGAAUGAUGACGGCACUGCAAGUGUCUUCACUGGGACCAUCACUGGACUGACAGCAGAGGAUGCUGGGAAAUACUGGUGUGCAGUGACAUUAGAGAGAGACGUGAAUUAUCUUUACACUCAUCUGAUCGUCAUCAUGAACGAGGAGCUGAACUUGACUAAGUAUGAAGGAGACGACAUGUCAAUCCAGUGCAAACAUCAUGAUGAACAUCAGAAACUCUUCUGCAAAGCACAUGAACCCUCCAUGUGUGUGAAGGAUGGAGUUUCAUUGGAGACGAUCAGAGAUGAUCGAUUCUCUUUCAGUGAUGAAGCUUCUACUGGAGUCUUUACUGUGAACAUCACUGAUCUGAGAGAAGAGGAUUCUGGGAUAUACUGGUGUGGAGCUCACAUCACCACUAAAGUCAACCUCACUGUGAAACAGCACUCACACAUCUCUCAGAGCGCAUGAUGGCAUUUUUUCAUUAUUAAUUCAUAUUUACGGUUUCAUCAACUAGUUGAUUUGGCUGUAAUCAGAGCAGCUUCAUAAAAAUACUACACUUUUUAUUUAUUCAUAACUGCUGAGUUGCCAUGAAUUUUGUGUGUUCGUUCAUUGUAUAUAUGUAAAUAAUCCUUGUUUGUACAUCCCGAUGUUCUCUGUACUGUAUGUGUUUAUGUAUUUUCAGAUUUCUCUUUAUUCAACAUUAUUUCUAUAUGUUCGACUCUGCUGCUGAUUGGAGGAUUCGCUGUGAUUGAGUGUUUAAUAAGAUGAGGUGAUGCUGUCCUUCAUAAACACACAAAUGAGAACAUAUCAGGCAUUUUAUGUUUAUUAUCAAGCUACAGACUAAUCCUAAAAACUGUUUUUGAGUAGUAUUUUUUUAAUGAGGACAUUUUAAAAUGUCUUCAAAGUGACUUUUUGUCAUCUCACUGUUGUUCAUUUCAGAUGUGUUGAGAUCUUAGGCAUGAGCUCAUCAUCAGACAAGACAAUGAAGUAGUGUCUCUGAAUCUUCAUGCACUGAUGUGAUUCUGGUCCCACUUUAUAUUAAGUGGCCUUAACUACUAAGUACUUACAUCAAAAAACAAGUACAAUGUACUUAUUGGGUUCAUAUUGAAUUGCAAAACACUUUUGCUGCUAUUGAGGUGGAA